UCUCCAGCUAAUUAUCGUAAUGGUCCUAUUGGGAAAUGACACAAACGUAGAAAUGGCCCACUCUGAAGAAAUCACCCAGUUGUUAUUCAGGUGUCAUUCCACGGCCAGGGUCUCAGUGUGGAUAAUGGGUGACACCCUUUAGUUAAAAGAGGGUAAGAGGGAGGUGUGCACUAUUCCCUGAAAACUCUUCUGCUGACAACCUGCAGUAGUCCUGUUCCUCAGAAGCCAAUCUCUGUAGCCCGUGGUUGUAGCCUCUGUGCCCUGGACUGCAGCUUACCAGUGUAGACCUGGUGCCUUUGAGGGUUGGCUGCUGUGUUCAGGGUUCAAGCAGGUGGGAGGACAGAGGACCAGAGAGAGGGCUGGGGACCAGUAGGUCCUAUGGCAUCACAGAAGGAAGCAGCAGCCAUGCCUGGGGAUGGAGGAAGUCAAUGGCUAGGAGGCCUGGCCAGGCUCUCACCUAUUCUGAUGGCGCCCAGCUCAUCUGGCAGCUCCUGUCUCAUGUUAAGACUCUGGUCUCACCUGGCAGUUCCCACCUCACUUCUCAGGGAUCCUUUCCUAAUAAACUUUUGUGAUAGGACAAAAAGUGCCUGCAUCAUAAACACACAGCUUGAUGAGCCCCCUGAGUCCUGGAGCAAAGUGGGUAUCCUGGCCCCUGAAGAUGUUUGGUCUCCGAGCCUCCUGCUCUGUCCCCGAAAGCACAGCCUGACGGAUGUGAUGCACCAAAACAUUUACGACUAUAUCCACGUGGACGACCGCCAGGACUUCUGCCGGCAGCUCCACUGGGCCAUGGACCCGCCGCAGGUGGUGUUCGGGCAGCCCCUGCACUCAGAGACAGAGGACGCUGUCCUGGGGAGGCUGCUGCGCGCGCAGGAGGGGGGCGCGGGCUCGCCCACGGACUUCUCCGCCUUCCUGACGCGCUGCUUCGUGUGCCGCGUGCGCUGCCUGCUGGACAGCACGUCGGGCUUCCUGACAAUGCAAUUUCAAGGAAAACUAAAAUUCCUGUUUGGACAGAAGAGGAAAGCGCCGUCGGGGACAGUCCUGCCCCCUCGGCUCUCGCUGUUCUGCAUCGUGGUGCCUGUCCUCCUACCUUCUGUGGCGGAGAUGAAGAUGAAGAGCGCAUUUUUGAGGGUGAAGCACAGGGUGGACGUCUCGGCCUCAAUGGAUGCAAAAGCAAAAGCUGCCGCGGGUCUGUGUGAACCAGAAUUGCAUGGGAAACCCAACUACUUAGCAGGGAGGAGUGAUGGAGAAAACAUCUCAGUGCUCAGGACACCCACGGACGCUGGCCGCUGGGCCCGGGUUCCAGCCAGGGCCUCAUGCUUGUGUCUCAGGAAUGGCCCUGACCUCGUCUCCAAUCCCGAGGGGUUCGCAGGGGACAGGGGAGCAGAGGAACACGGGAGGGUGCCCAGGGGGCGGAGGGAAAUACACGCAUACAGCUGCUGCUUCGAAGCACCAGGACCCACAAGGCACCUGAGCUGGAUGCCAGGGAAACACAGUCAGGAGGGCAGCACCAGGGUGAAGCUGGAGCCCAGCAAGAGUGACCCGUUCUCCAUGCAUGCUGUGUCCCGCACUUCCUGCGUGCCCUGCCCCAGCCUUCCGGGUGCCAUCCACUCCAGUGUGGCCGCUGCUUUCAGGAAUCCACCCAGCUGUCACCCGGGAAGCCAUUCCCCCAGUGCCUACACCAGCCCCACGAGCAGAGCUUUUCGGGACAGUGAUCAGGGCCAGCUGCACCCUCUGCCCAGCUGCCCCUUCCCCCAGGGGAGCCUGGAUAGUGGGCUCCCUCCAUCCAGAGGGCAGCGCCUUGCAGUGGCGGGCUAUCCCAUCGAGGACACCAAGUUUCGAGGUGGGCCAAUGCCCUUGGGAGCUCCGUGCAACCCCAUUCUUUCCCUUGAUGUGCCCAUAAAGACGGAGAGUGACUCUGGGUCUGAAGAUGCAGCCGACGGCUACUCUGUGGCCCCAGGCCAGCUGUGGCCGGGAGCCACUGGUGUGGCCAAGAGACAGCGGGUCACGUUCCCUACCAGGAUGCACCUGAAAACGGAGCCAGAUGCCAGGCACCACCUAUACGCUGCGCACCUGGGACAGAGCGUGCUGGAGGCUCACCCAAGUGGCGGGGCUCCGCUCAGAGCCGGCAGAGACCUGGCCCCCUUCCCCCCCACACACUGUGCCUGCCUGGAGCACGUGCAUGGCCCUCCUGAGCCGGAUGGCCCCCGCCACCUCUGUACGCAGGCUCAGCAGCCCUCUUCACUGCCCUGUGACUGCCAAGCCCCAGAGUCCACGCCCAUCGUCAAACGAGAGCCCCUGGACUCACCGCCAUGGGCCAGUCACGGCCAGGGUAGGGUGCCUGGAAUGUUCCCCAAAAGUGCCAUGGCAACACUGAUGCCGCCCAAAGCCCCUGAGUGUGCUUUCCUGCCAUAGAGUGGGGUGUCUGUAAGAGCUGGCCUGUGUCCACGCUCAGACUGACCCCACUGUACCCCUCAGUCCUAUGAGGUGUGCGCAGUGUGUGCAAUAAUAGCAUGUUCUGUAUUUUGUAAAAUGUCACACAAGUUCUUAAAGGCAAAGUGGUCUUAAGUCUGUUGGAGUACGACAGUGUUUCUCUUUGAAGGACUAAAAGCUUUCAGAAAGUGGGCCAGAGUGAGACGAGUAGGCCCGCCGGGGCACACCCCACUGUCUGUGAGGUGGUGGGCUCCCGGCUGCCCAGCAUCCCACAGUGCACCUUCCCGGGCCCUCACGCCCACCCCUCAGCUUCACGAGCAUGGGAAGGUGGGUUUACACAGCCACACCUUGGACUAAAUCAGGGACGUGCUUCUCUUGAGCCACAGGUGACUGCGCCCCUAUUCAUGGAAAGAAUCUGGAAGGUUCCAGGCCCAAGAGGCUGUGUGUGCUGGGCCCUGUCCUGCCUAUCCCCCCGCCCCCAUGGCGGAGUCUGAGGCUGUGCCCAGAGUGGACAUGGGCAGGAGUGUGUGCUGUGCCUUCUGGAAGUCUCUCUGGCUUUUUUCAGGGGCCUCUGAAGAUGGUUUGUGCUGGUCUGUCUGCAGCACGUGGUGAACCUCCAGUUUGGGAUCUGGGUUUGGAGGCAGAGACAAGGACAAAUGUAGAGAACAGAGGCAGGAAGUCAGGCUGCCCAUAGAGGCUGGGCUUUCACGUAAGAGCUCCCAUCACCGCCUAAGUAGGAAUUACUAGAGGCAAGACGGAUAGGAAGCGUUUUCUAGAAAACCUGUGAAGUCGUCCAUUCUGACUGUAGGAAACUGGGACGUGAAGGCACAAAUCACAAAGUGGGAGUCCCUGUGAAUGCUCAGCACCAGGGAUGGGCCCUCCCCUGUGCUCCAGGAACGUGGGCUGUGCUGUCAGGGGCCUGCCGCACUGUGAUGGACGCACUUCUGCCCCUCAGGGACCACGGCCCCAUCCCUAAUGUCACCUCCACCCCAGAGUCUCAGGGGGCAGGGUUCCUAAUGUCACCUCCAUCCAGGAGACUCAGGGGAGGGGGGCAGGGUCCCUAACGUCACCUCCAUCUGGGAGUUUCAAGGGGCAGGGUCCCUAACGUCACCACCACCCAGGAGUCUCGUGGGGCAGGCUACCAUCACCUGAGAGUCUCGGGGGGGCAGGAGUCUCAGAGAGGCAGGUUCCCUAAUGUCACCUCCACCCCAGAGUCUCGGGGGGCUGGGCAGGAGCCCCCAGCAAGGACUUUAGGCUCCAGCACUGGCACCUCCUGCUUCUUGGCGCCCAGUCUUCCUCGCCGCCUCGCCAUCAUCUGUAUCUUAGAAGCAGUGCUUAGCUGAGUCGAUGCUGGAGCUGUUGGCAGGUGCUUGCUCUCCUUGUCAGUACUUGGGGUUUGGCUGGCGGGACCAGGGUCCUGGGGUGCAGGGUGCAGCCUGCCAGCUCUGUGGAAGGGCCCCCUUGAGGGAUGGUAGGAGCCAAAGACCCCUCCUGGCACUGAGUGGCUAGUGGGUGGCCCCCAGGAGCAGCCCAGCAGCCUCCCUCCACUCACCUCACUGAGGCCUUACAGAAGGCGACACUGGUGCUGUACUGUCCCCACUUCUCCGACCAGAGUGCCCCCCCCCCGUUAGAUGGUGGCCCAACCCCCUGGGGACACCUGCUGGGCACCCCAGGCUGGCCCCGGGCCUCCUCACAGGGUUCUAAUGCUGAGCACAGCACAUCUCUGCCCCCUGAGACACGGAGUGGAAUCUGAGUCCUACUCAAACCCGGCAGCCGAGUCCUGGCCCUCUCCUGUGACCAUGCCCCACCCCGCUGGGGUCCCCAUUCCCGAGGGCGCCCACCCUCUCUCUGCACUGGGCCCAGGCUGGCUGCAGGACCGGGGUCCUGAGAUGCCCGGGGCUCCCGCAACAGUGAUGCCUGUCCUGCCCUCUGUCAGGACGCCACAGACGGGUGGUGCAGCCCCCAGGGCCCCCUCACGCAGAGGUCAGCCAUGUCCUGCCGUGGGCACGCAGACAGCUGGAUGCCAGCUCCACGGGCCUUGUGCUGGGGGUGCCCCUAGUCCACCUGGGGCCCAGGCCCUUUCUGUCCAUGAGGCGGCACCAUGGUGACCGUACAGCCAUGGUCCUCCUGAGACACGUUGUGAGGGGGACGAUGGAAUGAAGGAGGGCAGAUGUGGUUACUUGUGCUUUAAAAUGUCUUUAUCAGUAUGAAUUACAGGCUUAUAUUUUUCUGUUGUCUCAUAGCUUUUGCUUAUAUAGCUGAGAAAAAAUUAAAAUCAAAUAUAAUGUGGGGAUGGAUGGACAGGAGGAGGUGAACACAAGUAACAUUUUAUAUUUUUACGGCUUCUACUGGAGGAAAAUGUUUUCAGUAUCUAGACAGACUUGUUGAAUUUUUAAAAAUGGAUAUAUUAUAAUGAAACUUUUUAUACUGUUUCCUCAGUGCUUUUAGAAAGCUUUCAAAUAUAUUUCUGAUACUGUGGUUUGUACUAAAUAUUCAAUAUUGAUAUAAAAUAAAUCACCUGUUAAAUCAUGUUUACCAUAAACAGAAAUGUCUACUUGAUUUUCCAAAAGAAGUAACUAUAUUUCCUUGAGCGUGUGUUGGUUAAUUUAUGUUCUAAGACAAGUCCUUCACUACUGGACAGAAGGCAAAAAUAAAAGUGAAAAUAGAUAUGCUGGCACCAAAAGUUGCAAGGAAGAGGGAGGAGGCUGAGCGAUUGGCCAGGCGAAUGCUGUGGUGCAUCCCCCCUGUACCACCAGCCCUCUCCUGACAGUCAUCGAGGGUCCGGGGACCCUGACAGAUGCCAUUAGACACUGCAGACUUGCCCUGUUCUGCAGAGAGGGGACAGCUUCCCCUGCAAGUGUGCGCGUGUGAGUG